AUGACAAGCAGACUGGGCAAGGAGAAGAACUCGGAGAAUCUUGCUGGCACGCAGGCAAGAUAUGGCCAACAUCUCCAGGAUCUCUGUGGCAGGGAUGGAUGGCACAGUCAAGACCAGCAUGCGAUCCGGCAAAACCUCGGAUAUGGUGUUUUUGAACGAAUUGAAACCAUCCGAUGUUUGACUGCUACCACUACACCUCGGCAAAUCCUCUCCAGUCAAGGUCUGCCGGGACUAUGGAUGUUUGGAGAUACAAGGCAAGCAAUGGGCCUGCAUCUCCGGUCUACCAGCCAUGGGGGCCAUGGCUAUUUGAGAGGGGGGAGUACUGUUACGAGCGUACCCUUGACACUACUUAGCUCUAUGGCCUAG